AACGUAAACAAACGUGCCGGCCACUGGCUACUUAGCGCGUGCGGUCGGCAGCGCACUCCUGAUCCGGACUCCGUGCGUGAGGGGUGGUGUGCUGUGGACGGAGGACCGACCGCCAGCUCUGAGGGUUUUCGUGCCUCUGCUGAAAGAACGUUACCACGAUGGCGCGGAGACAGCCGCUGCAGCAGCCGCCAGGGGGCGGUCUCCAGACACCGCCGGUGACCACUGAGAUCAUGAAGGAGGCUCGCCGCUACCAGACGGUGGACACGGUGACCAGCUGGCCACUCGUCUACAACACGUCCACCGAGCUGGGCGACUACUACACCUCACUCAAGAAGCGGAGCGACUCGGGUCGUCUGGUUCUCUCGUUCGCUGAGACGCUACUCGGUCUCUACUGCCGGCUAAUCGUGCUGCCCGUGGCACGAUCCCCGUUCGCGCGCACACCACUCAAGAUCGGCGAUCACUUCAGCAUCAAGGGCGUUCGUCUUCUGGAGCGGGCUGUACCGCGACUCAAAGACAAGGCUGAUCCCAUGUCUUUGGACGGGGAGCUGCUGGUGACGGCUCUCUUUCUGCCGCUGAGUCUGUGUCUGGCCUCGGCACGCGGUGUUCUUCAGUGGGCUGCUCAGCAGUAUGUCAGCGUGUUCCCGCCUCUCAGGGAAGCUGCCAGAGAUUUUGACACCAAGAGUCUGCUGGGCCAGUGGGUGACGCUGCUGCUGAUGACGUACAUCUACCUACCGCUGCAGUUCGUCUCUCAUCCCUCGGAGACUCUGCAGCACGCUUUCGCCGUCCCCUCGCGGGUCACGUGGGCGGUGGUGAACUGGAACAUCGGUAACAUUCUGGCCGUGUUACACGAGGUCUCCGACUGGGUCCAGUGGACCAGCGACACGGCCGCCUACUGUUUCUACGCCUGGCUCGGCCUGGUCAUCGCUGCCACCGAGUACGCGUACUACAUCUGCUUCAAAGUGACCGGUCUGGAGAGCAGCCUGAUGUCGCUGGUCAAGAUGGUGCGGGACUACAUCGAGAGGGGUGACGGCGCCAUCGCCAGGCUCAUCAGCUCUCUGGCGCAGACGCCGGCCGGACAGUGGGUCAGUGACGUAUUCGCCCACUCGGAGCUGGGCCUGGUGCGACUGCUGCGCGCCAUCUGGUACGGCGCCGAUGGACGCGAGGAACUGAAGAGGAACCGCCGGCCGGGCGGACGGAGCGUCCGAAUGGCGCUGCCCGAGGAGGGACCGCGCCCGCUGCCCAUGCCAGACACGGAUGGCCACAGCUCGCGCCACAACGACCAUUGAGGGGGAAGGAAGAACCGUUCAACGUCGUAGUGUUGGAGAGUCAUGCAUCGUGUCAGCCAGUGAGGAAGAAAGGAAACGUCUCUGCCCAUCGGUAUCGACUAUAGACUGAUCUGUGAAUCACCCGUGUAGCUGUCACGUCCGUCGCUCUCGGGGGGCGAGCGACGACUGGCGGAUAGCGCCGCGCACAACGCAUGCGCGUCGUCGUGCCGUCAGCUGAUAGUGCGUGAGCGUACGUUACCUUUAACAAUCAUAUAACUAGCGUUAUCUUAUGUUAACUUCUGUAAUGUUUCCCAGCUCCCUUUACCUCCAUCUCUCGUUGUCACCGUUGGCUGUUGAUCGGCCUCCCGUCUCUCGUGGCCUACCGAAUGAUAAAUCGGUAUUCGUAAAUCACUUCGAACAGUACUUUGUGGGGGAAUAGGACAUGUCGUUUUUACCUCUAGACAACUCAUCCCGACUGUCUUCACCGGCACCCCCCCCCCCCAUAGACCGAUAAGCGCUAGUUUACACAUUUAUUUCUCUAUCAACACACCCCACAAUCAAGGUUGUGCAAACCAUAAGAGCGUCAGUGACGUCAAGUACAUUUGUGUGAACGAGUUUUGGCAGAUAGUGCUAGCUUUAUGAGUUCUUGCCCGCCCAUGGCAAUAUUGUAUGGAUCGGGCACAGCUAAGUUAGAGGCAUUGUGCAGCUCUUAAAACGCGUUUUUUUUUCUGAAUAGUACCACGAGCCUCACUUAAACGCGAUGUCGCACAGUUAUGGUGAUACGAUACGAUCUGUCAUUAUGCAAUGCUAUAAUAUACCUGGUUAAAAAUUAUGCAUGCAAAAUAUUUUUGUGCUAGGAUAAGUUUACAUCUCAGAUUGACAGAACUGAUAAAUUCGUUUUAGGAUGUGCCAUAUAUUGACGAGCGGAUGGCCCGGGGGUCGGCUAUGCAUGCAAAUAGAGUUGCACUUUUGUUUUAAUGCGGAAUGCGGAUGCAGUGGCCCAGCAAGGCUUCCACUGCGUUUCCCAAUCAAGGAAAAACAUAUCGUGACUCUCCAAUGGCGGAUUGGUUGAUAUAUUUACAUAGAUUUAUGUUAUUGCUGGUCGGUCAUGCCUAUCGCCCCGUAACGAAAUUUAUUUAUGGAAUUUUUAUGCAUCUGUCAUUAUGUUGUUCUCGACAUACAAAAGAUGUAAUUGCAAGACUGCGAGUACCGAUAUUCUUGUUCGUUUCAAUAUACCUACUUACAAGUUA